ACGUGAGUCAGCUGCGGCCCUGUCACUGGUCGGAUCUGUGUCUCUGGGAGGACCGGAGCAAGAGCCAGGAGCUAGGACAGAGCCAGGCAGGCAGCGGAGGAGAGAAGCGAGCAGCCUGCAGGGAAGACGAGCAUAAACACAACACAGGCGAGUCCUCCAUGGGAUCCCUCAGGCAGGUGAGAAGGCACUCUGGUGACAUGAUGACGUUGCUGGGAGAAGCUCACAGCUGAUGGAGAGGAGUCCCCGCUCCUCCUCCACUGUGUCGCCUUGGUGUGGACAGGACGCAUCGCACACAUGAGUCACUGAACUCUGUGAUAUGUGACUACAUUCUACUGGAAGCACUGGGCACAUUUUGGAGUAAUUACUGGAUUUGUUUUCAUAUGGAUGGUUAUUUUUUAUACAUUAACACGAGUAAGCAAUCUGGCACAGCAUAUUGGUAACACAUCUGGGGCCUUGUAUUUGAGACAGCAUCAAUCUAAUGUCUAUAUUGGAUCACAAUGACUUGAGUGCCUUUUAUUCUUGCCUAGUUAUGCUGACUUUUUCAAUCUUUUUUUUAUAAAUCCUCAUCAAAAGUGCUGCAAAGAUGCUUGUACUAUGCACACUUAUUUAAGCCCAGAUACUGAAACGGUAACCUUAGUUGAAGAGAGGCACUCCUAGUCUCCGAUCUCCACAAACCACGACCAGAGUAUUUUUGUUCAGAGGGGGAACCAGAGAGCUGCAAGGAUGUUCGCUGCUGUGGAGCAUGGCCCAGUCCUGUGCAGCGACUCCAACAUCCUAUGUCUGUCCUGGAAAGGUCGAGUACCCAAGAGCGAGAAGGAGAAACCCGUGUGCAGGAAGCGCUACUACGAAGAGGGCUGGCUGGCCACAGGGAACGGCAGAGGAGUGGUGGGUGUCACGUUCACAUCCAGCCACUGCAGACGGGACCGGCCCACGCCACAGAGGGUGAACUUCAACCUCCGAGGCCAUAACAGUGAGGUGGUACUGGUGAGAUGGAACGAGCCCUUUCAGAAGUUAGCCACCUGUGACACAGAUGGAGGCAUCUUUGUUUGGAUCCAGUAUGAGGGCCGCUGGUCAGUAGAGCUGGUUAAUGAUCGUGGGGCCCAGGUGAGCGAUUUCACGUGGUCCCACGAUGGCACCCAGGCUCUCAUCUCGUACCGUGACGGCUUUGUCCUUGUGGGCUCAGUCAGUGGACAGAGACACUGGUCCUCAGAGAUCAACUUGGAAAGCCAGAUCACCUGUGGCAUCUGGACACCUGAUGACCAGCAGGUGCUGUUUGGUACUGCUGAUGGGCAGGUGAUAGUCAUGGACUGUCAUGGGCGAAUGCUGGCACAUAUUCUGCUGCAUGAGUCGGAUGGCAUAGUCAGCAUGUCCUGGAACUACCCCAGCUUCCUCGUGGGGGACAGCAGUGAGAGCGACACAGACUCGGAUGACUACUCCCCACCACAAGUUCACAGCCAAAAACCUCUGCUGACAGUCAGCUUCAGCUCUGGAGACAUCAGCUUGAUGAACAACUACGAUGACCUCUCUCCCACCCUCAUUCACACCGGUUUGAAAGAUGUGGUUGUCCAAUGGUGCUCCCAGGGAGACCUGCUGGCAGUGGCAGGUAUGGAAAGAACCCUUAUGUCCCCCGACUCCUGUCCGGCUGCCAUAAAAAAUGCUGUGGUAAAGUUUUACAAUGUUCGAGGCGAACACAUCUACACACUGGAAACACCUGCGCAGCGCCCUAUCACUACAUUGUGCUGGGGACACAAGGACUCCCGCCUUUUCCUAGCAUGUGGCCCUGCGCUCUAUGUUGUACGAGUGGAACAUCGGGUAGCCAGCCUGCAGCUUCUUUGCCAGCAAGGGAUCGCCUCAGCAGUCAAGGAAGAAAAGGAUGUGGCCAAGCUCACCAUGCCCUCUCGUCUUUGUUCAUAUGUCACCACCGCUUUCGUCCCCACCAUAAAACCUCCCAUCCCAGAUCCUAAUAACAUGCGGGAUUUUGUGAGCUACCCAACAUCCGGAAAUGAACGGCUACACUGUACAAUGAAGCGUACGGAAGAUAAUCCUGAGGUGGGGGGACCCUGUUACACCCUGUACCUCGAAUACCUUGGUGGCUUAGUACCAAUCCUCAAAGGUCGGCGAAUAAGUAAACUACGACCAGAGUUUGUCAUCAUGGACCCAAAAACAGAUGGAAAAACAGAUGAAAUAUAUGGCAACAGUUUAAUAUCGGCAAUGAUUGACAGCUGCAAUUGUUCUGACUCCAGUGAUAUUGAACUGAGUGAUGAUUGGGUUGGAAAGAAAUCCCCAAAAAUAUCCAGGGGUAGUAAAUCCCCCAAGCUACCAAGAGACUUAGUUUGUCCCUUUACCAACAGAAUCAACAUAGAUCCUAGAAAAUCGCCCAAACUCUCUCGCACUACACAGGAAAUCUCCAGGUCUCCACGGUUACCAAUACGAAAGCCUUCAAUUGGGUCACCUAGUUUAACACGCCGAGAGUUUCCUCUUGAUGACAUUGUGCAGCAAAACUACCUUGCUCAGGUCACAUCAAAUAUCUGGGGAACUAAAUUUAAAAUUGUGGGUUUAGCUGCAUUCUUGCCAACCAACCUUGGUGCAGUUAUCUACAAAACAAGCCUUCUUCAUUUGCAGCCCAGGCAAAUGACCAUCUACCUUCCUGAAGUGCGGAAGAUUUCCAUAGACUAUAUCAAUAUGCCCGUUUUCAGUCCUAAUGUCUUCAGUGAGGAUGAAGAUGACCUACCCGUCACAGGCCCCACUGGUGGGGCGGAUGAUAACCCUCCUUGUACUGUGAACAUUCCUAUUGCCCCCAUUCAUAGUCCUGCCCAGGCCAUGUCCCCCGCUCAAAGCAUUGGUCUUGUCCAGUCACUUCUUGCUAAUCAAAACGUCCAGUUAGAUGUUCUCACCAAUCCAACUGUUAGCCCAGUGGGGGCUGCUGCUGGUGGGUCAGACCAAAGCCAGGACAAUAUGCUCACAGCCCAGUACACAGUUCCUAACCGGUACUCAAACCCAGGGCAGGUGAUUUUUGGUGGACUGGACAUGAGCCGGCUCAUGAUGGGACCCCCUCUGUCCAACAGCACACAGCAGUCACAGCCCAGUCACCACCAGCAGCAGCUCCUGCAGCACCAGCAGCUGCAGCAGAUGCUCCAACAGCAACAGUUCCAACAUCUGCAGCUUCAGCAUAUGCACCAGAUCCAGCACCAGGCCCUGCCACAACAGCACCCACCACAGCACCCACCAACACACCAGGCCCUGCCAUCGCAGCACCAUCAGCUCCAGCAGUUCCAACAGCCUCUUCAAAUUCAGAUCCCUGUCCCAUCACCCCUGCCUGGACAACUCCCUGGAUCAGCCGCCUCCCUGCUUCAUCCAGGGGCUUUGCAUAUCCAAAUCCCUCAUUCUGCAGCAGAUCUAGCUGAUCGUUCUGUAGGAAGUGAACAUGAACAUUUGUUGAAAAUAAAGACUACUCGCUCUGGUUCACAGUUGGCAGAGGCUGACACAGUGGUGUUUAGUGCUCCUCUUGAGCUAAGUAAAAUGAACCCUCCACCACCCUAUCCCGGGACCGCAGCUGUGGCCUCGACUGCUACCUCCAACACUGGACCUGGUCCCAGUGGGACCCCUCCCCCCGGGGAUCUGUGUCUCAAAAAGGGAGAGUUCCAACUAUAUCCUCCAAGCCAGCCUCCUUCUCAGUACCCCACACCCCUUGGCUAUGAGAGAAUCACAACAUUUGACAGUAGUGGGAAUGUGGAGGAGGUCUGUCGUCCACGGACCCGUCUUGUGUGUAACCAGAAUGUGUAUGCAUUGCAGGGCCCCGGCAGCUCAGCCACACUCAGGGUCACCUCUUCAUCCUCUUCUUCAUCUACAGCAGAGAGCAAGAAGCUACAGAUGCCAUACGCAUCUGCCACCCUCAACAGACUCACAGCACCUCGCUAUUCUAUACCUAGUGGAGACCCUCCACCUUACCCUGACUCCUCCAAUCAGAGCAAUGUGGCUGGCCGAACCACUGGAUUAAGGCUUGACAGCAAUGUAAUUCACGCCACUCUGAGGCGAAACAGCAGAGAGGCUACACUUAAGGUUUCCCAGAUGCUGGAACCACCAAGACCACUGCCGCCUAAGACAAAAAACAGUAAUGCACUAGCAGCUUCUAUUCAGCAGAGGGUGCCAACAGCCUUGUACACCUGCAGUCAGUGUAGCAGUGGCUCCAGUGUUGCAGGUUCUGCCUUGGGUAGUGCCAAUGGUAUAGCUGGAGGAACUAUUAUCAGACAGGACUUUCCUCCUGGGACUGGGGCUCCACAUAGCACAGUGAUAGUUCACUCGAACAGUGCUACUCCUCUGUCAUCCCAAUCCUCGUACAGCCUACUGAGUUCUCUCGAAGGCUCUGUGUCUGCUGCAGGAGGAGCACGGACCGACAGUAGAGAUAGGGCAGACUACGUGAACUCAGCUUUUUCUGAGGACGAGACAUUGAACCAGUCCCUGAGGCAUUUGACUUUAGGAGGAAAUGAGGCCCCAGGCUUGGUUGUCAAACGCCCUCCUCCAUAUCAGUGGGAUCCCACUGGUACAGAGGAGGUGUGGGUUCCUCAGGAACGAACAGUGACUCUAAACACUCCUGGCCCCUCAGGCUCACACAAACCACCACCACUUAUCCUCAGCCCAGGUCAGCAUUUAGAUGUUUCUCGAAUGCCUUUUGUUCUUUCUCCAAAGUCCCCCACUAGCCCCAACGCUGCUUCAUUUCAAGCUGCUGCAGCUGCUGCAGGUUACCAGAUCUCCCUGCAGUACCCUGCUACUGCUUACUCGGGCACCCCGCUCCAAACCAUGCCAGCAUCCCCUCGGCCCUGCUCCUCUCCAAAGGAAAUGGUAGUUCCAUUACCCUUCUCUCAACAGGAUGCCACACUUGUCCUGCCUCCAGGUUACUCUGCAAACCUGGCCAACCUGGCCUGCUGUCCUCUCCCUCCCAUGUAUCCAGGAGGAGGUGCCAUCAUUCCCCCUAUUGCACUUCACACUCCAUGGGGAACUUACAACCCAUGCCCUCCUAUUCCCAGUCCCGCAGUGCCACUUCCUCCCAAAGCCUCCCACCUAACAGCAGAGAAAACGGCCAUUUCACCUCCUCCUCCUCCCCCACCCCCACCUCCGCCUCCACCCCCACCCCCACCUACAGAGUUGCCAGAGCCUAUGGCAGAUUCUGGGGAGGGCUUUCAGGAGGUUUUGUCUUUAACAGAGAGCCCUGUGCCACAGCGCUCUGAGAAAAUUAGUAAAAAGAGCCGCAAAAGAGCAGAGGGCAGAGUAGAGGAGGGCAACAUGCCUCUGGCUGAAGGCAAUAAAUCCAAGAAAGAAGGAAGAGCUUUGGGUGAUUUCAACUCCCUCAUUUCGAGCCCAAGACUUGGAGGAAGAGACAAAAAGAAAUUGAAAGGCCCAAAGGAACAGCUAAAAGCUAAAAAACUGAGUAAAGCCACAGCCAAUAGUGAGUUUCAGGACAGUUCUGAGAGCGAGCCAGAGCUGUUCAUCAGUGGGGAUGAGUUGCUCAAUCAGUGCCAAAGUGGUAAGAAAGGCUGGAAAAGUAAAAGAAACCUGCGGGCUGCAACAGAACUAGAUGAGAUCAAGUGUCGAAAGGCCAAUGAAAAGGAGGACCGAGGUUUUGGAAGCCAGGGCUUUGUGUAUGUUAUGGCCAACAAGCAGCCACUGUGGAAUGAGGCCACACAGGUUUACCAGCUGGACUUCGGAGGACGGGUCACUCAGGAGUCAGCUAAAAACUUUCAAAUUGAACUGGAGGGCAGACAGGUGAUGCAGUUUGGCCGCAUUGAUGGCAAUGCUUACAUCUUGGACUUUCAGUAUCCCUUCUCAGCGGUGCAAGCCUUUGCUGUGGCUUUGGCCAAUGUUACUCAACGCCUCAAAUAAUAUUGAUACGUACUCUGUGUUUUUUUUUAGGAAUUAAUGACCUAAGGGCAGAGUUGUUCCAUGUGACUAUAAUAUCUGUUGGAGAAUUCAGCCCUUGUUGUAGAAAGAUACAAUCAUGCUGCACUACUCAAAGCUGCCACUAGAGCUGGCAUUUGCCCUCUGUAGACCUUUGCAGCACACGACGGGUCAAAGGACUGAGCUUUGGUGAUGAUCAUGCAACAGAUGUUGCUUUAAGUAGAAGUAGUUUACAUAGAGAAAAACUGCCAGCCAGUCGUUUGUCUAAAAAGCAGCAGUGAUACUUGAAAACCAUCCUAUGGAGAUGCAAGCUGUUUCUUUCAGAGUGCACAGGUACCACUGUGCACUGAAAUCAAUUGCUGUAUAAACAUUCAAUGGAAAAAAAAAAACAUCACUUAUGUAAUCAUGCUGAUUUUGCCUUCACAAUUUCAUUACAUGACCAGAUCUGCUGGUGGGUUGAGAGGGUAAGCUGGUGCUCCCUGCCAUUCCUUUGUCACUAUCGUAGGAACUGCUGCAGAGGUCAGGACAUAUGCAUAAUUUAGUACUGCUAUAUUCACACCUCUAUUUUUAUUUUCGGUGGCUAUAAUAUUGAAUAUUUCAGUUUAUUUUCCUCUGACUUUGAAGGAAAUUAUCUUACCAGAAAAUAUGUACAGUUGUUUACUCAUUUUAGCUUUAACAUUAUUGUUUAUUUGCGAUCUCCCACCCUUGCAAUAUCAUGUUUUAACGUCAUCUACAUUUAUUUGGGAGACUAUUCUCUGAUGUUUAAAUUUCUGUGUGAUUCAGGAGUAUUCAGGUUGUAACAGCUGCAGAAAGCUUUGACGUGUACAUCCUGUCCUGAGUAGUAGAUCAGCACAUGGUGAUGUGAGCACAAGUCGCCAUGGCCUGUUGUCAACAUAUUAACCUCUGAAGUUUUUGUCACCUGCUGUCACUUCUGUGAAGUGAUUGUGUAGUUGGGGGAUGUCCCUGCACUUGAAGCCCAAACAUUACAUGUAACAAGGUACAGGAAAAUAUUUUUCUAUAUUUUACCUAUGCCAUUUCAUACUGUUUCAGAACUUAUGUAAAUACAUAUCAGUGAAUCAUAAAUGAGAUGUAGGUGACAACAGGCUGUUUACAACAUUCUCACUGUGUCUACUGUGUGGCAUUAAGCCUGGUAUAUUGUUUAACUGGUUUCAAAAAGAUUUACGCUGAAAUUAUUUUGACUAAAUAUUCAAAUGUUGAUGAAGGUAAUACUAUUCAUGGUGAAUUCACAGCACACUACCAAGAAACAGACCCAUUGCAACUUAGUAAAGUGCUGUAUGGUUGAGAUUAAUAUUUGUGCCAAAUUAAUUUCCCAAGACAAGAACAGAAAAUACUGGCCGUACAAUGAAGAGUGAUACUUGAUGUUUAUAACUUAUGCUGCCAAUCAUAUUUUAAAAUCCUAUACUGUGGUUUUUCCAUAUAGCAUUCAAAUGCAUGUUUAAGAAUCUAGGGUCAAAGCAUAUCCGCUGUAUUUUUAUUAAAAGAAAACAACCCUGAGCAUGACAUGAAAAGUACAUCUUUAUUUGUGCAAUAUUUAGUUCACCACAUCUGAUAUUGUUUGAGUUCAACAUCCCAGUCAAUGUUCUGUCCAUUUUUAUUUAUGACUUUUUUGUGCUGUUUCUAAACAUUGGUUUGUUUAUUCAACUUGGUCAUAAUAUACCCCAGAAUUUGAUGUAGCGUUGGGGAUCGAGGUCAGGAGAAGCAGAUUUGUUUUUUGUAAUGUUUUCAUUGAAUGAAAACUAUGUGAAUGAAUUAACUCAGUGUAAUGGUAAGAUAGUCGGAGUGUUUGUUAAGUCAAAGUAUGUCAGUAAUCAAAAUCAGUGUUAACAUUCAUGACAUGAGUGUGUGGACAAGGCUGUUAUCACAGCCUUGUUCUACAAUAAAACUGGCCAAGUUAAAGAAACUGGCUGCAGAAUGCCUCUGGACUUUACUUAAUUUUGCUUUUUCAGAGAUGGCCAGUUGUAGAUGUUGUAGGCUUUGGCUUUUCCCCUUUUCUUUGGAAAAGAUGUGCUUUGUACUUACCUGUAGUUGUAGAUUUAAGGACAAAAACACUUGGAAAAAAAUGAUCUGGUGACUGAAUGUUUAUGAGUAGUCAGGCAUGCCAUAUAAAUGAUUUUUUAAUUCUGUAUGUGACACAUCUUUUCAAUAAAAAGUCCUUGU